AUGAACGAAGAACAAAAGUCUCUGCUUUUGGAUUCUUCUUCUCGCUUCGCGAUUCCUCAAGGAGUGAAGCUAUCGUAUGGCACUGCUGGAUUUAGGGAAGAUGCGUCGAUUCUGUCAUCGACGGUGUACAGAGUUGGAAUUCUGGCAGCUCUUAGAUCGCUGAAAACGCAGUCUGUGAUCGGAGUUAUGAUCACUGCUUCGCAUAACAAAGUUUCUGAUAAUGGUGUAAAAAUUGCUGAUCCAAGUGGGGGUAUGUUGUCUCAGCAUUGGGAGCCAUUUGCGGACGCCAUUGCAAAUGCUUCUUCUCCUCAGCAACUUCUUCAGUUGAUAAAUGAAUUUGUUGAGAAAGAAAGGAUUCCAUUUGAUGGGGUCAGGCCAGUUGAAAUACUUUUGGGGAGAGACACGAGGCCAAGUGGAGAAGCUUUGCUUGAAGCUGCUAGACAAGGAGUUGCCUCAAUUGUUGGAGCUGUUGCGUCCGACAUGGGAAUUUUGACAACUCCACAACUACAUUGGAUGGUUCGUGCCAGAAAUAAGGGCCUAAAAGCAUCGGAGCAGGAUUACUUUGAACAGCUUUCCGACUCAUUCAAGUGCUUAAUGGAUUUGAUUCCGACCGAACGAAGCAAGUUUGAUGGAAUGAAUGGCAAAUUGGUUGUGGAUGGAGCUAAUGGUGUUGGUGGAGCAAAACUUCAAAUUUUGCAUAAAUUGUUGAAUUUUUUGGAUAUUGAGGUUAGAAAUAGCAGUGAAGAUGAAGGUGUGCUGAACGAUGGUGUUGGUGCUGAUUAUGUGCAAAAAGAGAAGGUUGCUCCGCGCGAUUUUGGUUCUAAAGAUGCUGGCAUAAGGUGUGCUAGUUUGGAUGGAGAUGCUGAUCGGCUUGUUUAUUUUUUAGUACCACCUGAAAGCAAUGCUCAAAUUAACCUUGUUGACGGGGACAAAAUAUUGUCCCUGUUUGCUGUAUUUAUUAGGGAGCAACUAAGCUUUCUUAAUGAGAAAGAAGACCUAAGUAACGGCCACAAAGCCCGUCUUGGUAUCGUACAGACUGCAUAUGCAAAUGGAGCUUCUACUAAUUACCUUAAACACUUGGGACUCGAAGUUAAUUUUACUCCCACUGGAGUGAAAUACUUACAUGAAAAAGCUGCCGAAUUUGAUAUCGGUAUAUAUUUUGAGGCAAAUGGCCAUGGAACUAUCCUAUUUUCAGAAUCUUUCAUAGAGUGGUUAGAAGUCAAAAGCCGCGAGCUUUCUUCAGGAUCCAAAGGUUCAGAAGCUGAGAAGGCUGCUUUGAGAUUAUUGGCAGUCAGUAAUUUGAUAAACCAAGCAGUAGGAGAUGCUUUGAGUGGAGUGCUAUUGGUGGAAGUCAUAUUGAAGCACAUGCGAUGGUCAAUACAUAGAUGGAAUGAACUUUAUCACGAUUUACCCAGCAGGCAGCUCAAGGUUAAAGUUGCUGACAGAACGGCGGUAAUUACAGCAAAUGCAGAAACUGUUGUUGUGAGACCCCCUGGUUUGCAGGAUGCCAUCAAUACAGAAACUGCAAAGUACACUCAAGGUCGAUGCUUUGUUCGACCAUCCGGUACCGAGGAUGUUGUUCGUGUAUAUGCGGAAGCAGCCACGCAGGAAGCUGCAGAUACCCUAGCCAACUGUGUGGCUAAACUUGUGGACCAAUUCUUAGGGUCUAACCGUUCUUGA